AUGAGAGUCAGUGAUGUAGAGCUGUCCAGCACAAUCAUCUCACACAUCAAGACAUCCAGGAGCCUCCACAUCAUGUGUCUAAUCCCAGUCUUCUGCUGGAUCACUGCUACAGUUCUGGACCACAUGUUGACUAUAGACCAGAGAGGAGAGCUGCCCAAGACCCUGACUGACAUGUACUCACACUUCCUGUUGGUUCAGACAAAGAGGAAGAAGCAGAAGUAUGAUGAGGGAUAUGAGACAAGUCCACAGAAGCUGACGGAGGCUGAUAGGGAAGUUCUUCUGAAGCUGGGGAGGCUCGCAUUUGAACAUCUGGCGAAAGGAGACAUCAUGUUCUACCAAGAAGACCUGGAGCGAUGUGGUCUUGAUGUCACAGAGGCCUCGGUGUACUCAGGAGUUUGUACAGAGAUCUUCAAAAGAGAGUGUGUGAUCUUCCAGGAAACCGUCUACUGCUUUGUUCACCUGAGCAUUCAGGAGUUUCUGGCUGCAGUCUACAUGUUCCACUGUUACACAAACAGCAACACAGAGGUACUGGAGGCCUUCCUGGGAGAAGAAUAUGUUCAUUCAACCCUGGAUGACUUUCUGAAGAGAGCCAUGGAGAAAUCCCUUGAAAGUAAAAAUGGCCACCUGGACCUGUUUGUUCGCUUCCUUCAUGGCCUCUCUCUGAAGUCCAACCAGAGGCUCUUAGGAGGCCUGCUGGGUCAGACAGACAACAGUCCAAAAAUCCUCCAGAGAAUCAUCAACAACCUGAAGGAGAUAAACAUGUAUAAUAUCUCUCCUGACAGAAACAUCAACAUCUUCCACUGUCUGACGGAGAUGAACGACCACUCGGUACAUCAGAAGAUCCAAGAGUUCCUGAAGUCAAAGAACAGAUCAGAGAAGAAACUCUCAGAGAUCCAUUGUUCAGCUCUUGCCUACAUGCUGCAGAUGUCAGAGGAGAUCCUGGAUGAGUUGGACCUGAAGAAGUACAACACAUCACAGGAGGGACGAUGGAGACUGAUUCCAGCUGUGAGGAACUGCAGAAAAGCUCUACUUUCUAAAUGUGAACUCUCAAAUACUCACUGUGAAGUUGUGGCCUCAGCUCUGAAGUCCAACCCCUCCCAUCUCAGAGAGCUGGACCUGAGUGACAACAACUACGUGCGGGAUUCAGUAAAGCUGCUUUCUGCUGGACUUGAGAGUCCAAACUGUAGACUGGAGACUCUGAGAUUGACGAGCUGCUGGUUUUCAGAGAUCAGCUGUGCUUCUCUGAUCUCAACUCUGAACUCCAACCCCUCCCAUCUGAGAGAGCUGGAGCUGAGUGGAAACAAGCUGCAGGAUUCAGGAGUGAAGCCCCUGUGUGGUUUUCUGGACUCCACCCUGUGGAACGAUGGGGUUUUGCUGUUCAAUGGAUGA